AACGGAAUCCUUUCAAAGCUGUCCAACUCCACUCAAACAUACACUUUCCUUCUAUUUCAAGCCAUUUUCUCCCAACAUCCACUUACCAUUCUUUCAAACACGGUAACAGACCAAAAAGCUACUCAAUUUUCUCACCAACAAGAAAAAAACUUGUUGUUAACUCAACGAAAUCCCAUCAAAUUCUUUAAUCGAGCUUUUGGGUGUUUGUUUUCCGAGAAAAGAAAUGCAGAAAAUGGCGCAAGGCUGGUUCAGCGGUGGUGGGAGCAGUGAAGAUCAGCUACAGAACACUUCGACGCCGUCUUUACUGGCAGAUUGGAACUCCUACGAGGCCUCAAGAGAUGCUGAUGAGAGCUCCGGCUCAGCUUUCGGGUUCGAUCUCGAGGCCGCUGUUAGGUCCGCCAAUGAAUCGGUCUCCGGCACCUUCAAUGUGGUCUCAAAAGGAGUGAGAGAUCUACCUGGGAACCUCCAGUCUGCCACAAGUAAUAUCCCUUCUGGAAAAUCAUUUAUGUAUUUUGGCUUACUACUGGGAGCAGGGGUGUUCUUUGUUUUCAUUGCAUUUACCAUGUUCCUUCCAGUCAUGGUUCUGAUGCCCCAGAAAUUUGCUAUCUGCUUUACCCUUGGAUGUGGCUUUAUCAUUGGUUCAUUCUUUGCUCUUCGUGGUCCAAAGAAUCAGCUGGCCCACAUGACAUCUCGAGAGAGACUUCCACUUACAUUGGGAUUCAUAGGCAGUAUGGUAGGCACCAUCUAUGUUUCUAUGGUGCUUCACAGUUACGUUCUGUCUGUGCUCUUCUCUGUGAUUCAGGUUCUUGCGCUUGGUUACUAUGCCAUUUCCUACUUUCCAGGUGGAUCUGCAGGUAUGAAAUUCCUCUCCUCAGCACUCACCUCUUCAGUUAUGAGAUGUUUCGGGAGGUGACCUUGGACUGUGUUAUGAAUGUUUUCCCUUGUACAUUUCUCUGGUAAACUCUGUGUCCUAGUUAACGAUGAUGUCUUCUUUUUCAUACUAAAAGUUUGUUUGUAAGAAUGAAAUGUUGUUAGAGUUUUCCCAAAUUUUGGUCUGAAAUACACAUUAUAAACUUUUUAACCUUUUCAAGA